GAAGUUUGAAUGCGCCGACUGAUAAGAGUGACAAGAAAGAAACGAGUGAACUGUAAAACUGCUAUUUUCCUCUCAAGAUUUCAAAGGAAUUUUCUGAGAUUUCAUAAUUUCGAGCCUGCGAAUAAAUACUAUUCUUAUCAAAUUUUUUAGAUUAUGGCUGCUUCAAUUGUAAGUCAAGAGUUAGAUCCUUCAGUAUUAGAAGGUCUCAGAUUGCUACAUUCCAAAGAUCCUGAUUCAACAGAACAACUUCGUCAACUAUGGAAACAGUCAGUUCGAGAAAGGUAUGGUAGUGAAAGAGAACCUGUCAGCGUUUUGAAUAAAAUCAAUAUUCCCUCUGGUUUGAAGAGAGAAGCUGGACACGAGUCUAGCGAUGAUUUUCAAUUGGAAACAAAGAAAUCGAAACUAGAGGCUCCGAGUAUAUUUCAUAAAUCCGCUCCUGCGUCUCCUCAAGGUGGUUCUUCCAACGUAUUCAGUUAUAAUAUUACUGAUGAUAUUGAAGUGCAUGGUUCAAGCAGCGAAGAAGAUAGUGACGAUGAAUCUCCGCUUGAAAUACUCAACGCCGAUGGAAUAUGUAUGAAGUGCAAAGGUUCAUCCUCGAGCCAGAAUAAUAAAUUGGUGGAAUGUGUGGAUUGUCACAAGCAUUAUCAUCAACAGUGUCAUUUUCCUCCGAUCACCGAUAUGGAUUUGAGCGAUCCUCGUUUUGUUUGGUAUUGUUCGUCUUGCGAAGAAAAUAUUUCCACGACGACAUCAAGUGAUAAAAAUAAAUCAUCGAGCUCUUCUCUAGGAAUUACUAAAGCAUCCGCAGCUUCUUCAAAAAGUCUUUCUUCAUCAUCUGUCAAUAAAAGUUCUCGUUCUUACGGGAAUUCUUCUCAUUCUAGCAGAUCAGGAAUUUCUUCUAGUAGCAACGGUAGUAGUAGCAGCAGUAAAUUAUCAACUAAUUCUAGUCCGAAGCAUUCUUCAAGUUCUAGUCAUUUAAUGAAGAGAAGAACAUUGAAAAAACAUGAUAAAAGAAAAUCAUCUAAGUAACGUUCUGACUUUUGAAAUUGAUUGUAAUGUUCUGAAAAUUAACGUUUCUCCGUUGCAAAUUUUUGGCUCCAUCAUGUCACUGAAAAAUUACACGUUACACGUUCUUGUUAUUUUUAUAUUUACUCGUAUUUAUAUUUUGUGUAAUUACCUAAUUUAUUAUGUACAUUAUAUUAUUUUGUUAUAUCAUUAUUCGUUUGUGUACAUUUUUAUAUUUAUUCGUUCGGUUAUUUAUUUGUUUAUUUAUUUUAUUAGUUUAUAUUUAUUUCUAUCCGUAUCUAUCUACCCACAGAGAUUGUUAAAAUUUGAUUCUUUCACUCGUGAAAUUGAUUUAAUGAGCAAUUUUGGCAAUAUUAUUCAUAUCUAGACUUCAUCGUUGAAUAAAAUAAACAAUUACCUACAACAUA